ACUGCCGCCGCCGACUGUUUGUGAACGGUCACUGUGAGUCGACGAACCGUUGUUGUGCACUAAAGUUAAUAAGUAUUUUUUUCAAUUUUCUUUCACUGUAAACGUGCGCGAAGAAAUCAUUCGAUCGCAGCGUAUUAUGAUGAGUCGGAUGAACUACCUGACCGUUUGUAUUUUACUCAUCGCUGCUUUAUCAAUGCUGCAGUCACCGGUGGCUGGCAGCUCUAAUCUUGGAGAAGCACUGGUGCAAGCCAAUACCAAUGGAUUCCCAGCUCAACUACUAUACAAUGUGGCCGGCCUACAGGAAGGUAGAUCAGGCAAUAAUAAAGCUCAACUGGCCGAGGCAUUAGAGUCGCCCAAAGUGCAGGAGGCUGCACGAAAAGCGGCUGUCGAAUAUGCUAUCAAGGACUUGCCAGCUGGCCGUGAGAAUACAGAAGGUUACUGUUCGUAUUCGUGGUUGAGAUGGCUACCAUUCUUGGACUGUGACGAGCCAAAAGAGGCCAAGGAGUCACGUCAAACAAUACAACUGAUUAAUACCAAAAGGAACUGUGUGCGCUAACAAAUAAAACGCUGUGGCUACACAUCAAACAGUAGUGUACUAAAACAAUAUACCAAAAUAAAAAUCAACACCAUAAACAAAUGCCAUUGUAACGUCCCCACUAUUGUUACAUCAUUGUAGUUCAUUCCCAGUGUUUCGCGAAAUGAAUUCAAAAUAAAUUGAAUAAAUAAAUAUAAAAAGCAAUAUUUUUAAAAAAUA